AUGGCGCCUCUAUCCAAGGUUGCUCUGGUCACGUUAGGUGUUAUCAACGGGGCAAAUGCGUGGGGUGUUUUGGGUCACGCAACUGUUGCAUAUAUUGCCCAACAUUAUGUUUCCUCUGACACAGCAUCGUGGGCACAAAGUGUCCUCGGUGACACUUCCACCUCGUAUCUAGCUAAUAUUGCCUCAUGGGCUGAUACAUAUCGCUCAACUACCGCGGGCAAAUGGUCAGCUCCAUUGCACUUCAUUGAUGCGGAAGAUAACCCUCCGACAACCUGCAAUGUGGACUAUGAACGCGACUGUGGUAGUGCAGGCUGCUCGAUCUCUGCCAUUGCCAACUACACCCAGCGUGCAGGCGAUGGCCGACUAAGCUCUGAUCAUAUCGCAGAAGCCGUCAGAUUCCUUGUGCACUUCCUUGGUGAUACAACGCAGCCGCUGCACGACGAGGCGUACGAGGUUGGCGGUAAUGAUAUCAAGGUCACCUUUAACGGCUACAGUGACAAUCUCCACGCGGACUGGGAUACAUACAUGCCCGAACAAUUGAUCGGCGGUGACUCCCUUUCAGAUGCGCAGACGUGGGCAAACACCUUGAUCAGCGAGAUCACUUCAGGCAGCUACAAGUCCCAAGCGGCGAGCUGGAUCGCGGGUGAUACGAUCAGUGAUCCUAUUACCUCGGCCACCCGAUGGGCAUCAGAUGCAAAUGCCUUGGUCUGCACCGUUGUCAUGCCGGGUGGGGCUGCAGCUUUGCAGACCGGCGAUCUCUAUCCCACGUACUACAACUCCGUUAUCGACACCAUCGAGCUACAAAUUGCGAAAGGUGGCUACCGUCUCGGUAACUGGCUCAACAUGAUCUAUAGCUCUGAUAUCGCCAAGCGCGAUCUUGAAGACUUUGUCAAGCAAGACCAAGGAACGGAUUCUGCUCCAGAUCUUAUGGGUCGUGAUUUGCUUCCUGAGCCUCGUCCGCUGAGUCGAGCGAAGCUGGCUAGGGCGGCUAUGGAUGGGUCAUGCUGUGGUUCGGGGAAGCGUGACCAUGCUCACUGA